AUGUCUGACUCCCGACAAAGUCGUCGACAGCAGCACGUUAACCCUGAGCGCCGCAAGGAAGACGACAUCGACCGGCGCGGCACUAAGCGUCGCCAGCCCAAUCCGGACCACAUCAACCAGCAACCUGAGAAGGAUCCGGACGAACAUAAUCAGGUGAAUCAAGGGUUCCUUGACCCUAGUAACGGUCUGUCUUCGUUCGUCUUUGGAGAAUUCCGGCUCAUCGUCCUCAGACUAGCAGUCAUUUUCAGACCAGCAGUCUCCAAUACGGCAAGCACCUACCCAGGUGGAAACAGCAAACCAAGCAACAGUCAACCAUGCCUCCCAUCAGGCAAGCGCAGACGUCAUCAUCGACGCAACAACAAAGGUAACGUGCUUGACCAGUAUUCUGCACAGAAACUGACACAGUUGAUGGCGCAACAGAGGCCCCUGCCUGACAAAUACGAACAACGUCUGCAACGUACUUCUCCAGUGCGGCCCAUACCUACUACAGAGACGAAUAAUAGCUCGCGAAAGCGUGGGCGUCCGGUGUCAAAUCCACGGCCCCACUCGGCCACAUCGUGGAAUCGGGUAUGA